AUGUCCGAGUCGAAAGUCAAGGUCACCUCUUAUCCUGCCAUUGCAAACGCGCCUCUAGUAGGUCUUGCUGAAGGCAAUGACACGUUCAGCAACCUUCACCUUGCUGGACUUGUCCUUUUCGUCCCUUGGUUAUUGAAACGACUUCUUCCGCUGGUAAACCGCGGCGGUUUCAAGACAUAUCUCUUCCUGUUAUUGCUCACAGGACUUCCUACUACUCUUGCGUACUGGAUGGUCAUGUCUCGUAUUGGCAGUCGUAAAAACGAAAAGGUUCGGCUGCCGGGCAAAAAUAUCGAGGAGUACAUAACUAUCAAAGACCCCGAGCUCAAAAAGCUUUACAAUGGCAAGGAAAAAAUACCCAUGCAGGUUUUCCAUGAUGCUUUUUUCGACGGGAAGAUUGAAUUCAACGGUGACAUUCUUGAAAUUAUGGAACAACGACAUGACUGGGCCAAGUUCACCAUGACAUGGUCUCUUCUGAAAUAUGUCCUCACCGUUCUCAUUCCAGACGUCAUCACCCAUUCUCGUGAACAGGACGCAGACCAGGUCACUGAACAUUAUGACCGAGGCAACGACUUCUACUCCUGGUUUUUGGGUCCUCGUAUGAUAUACACCUCCGGAGUUGUCCUAAAUCCUGAUGAGAAAGAAACGCUUGAGCAGUUGCAGGACAACAAACUGGCCAUAGUUUGCUCCAAACUGAACCUCAAACCGGAGGAUAGAUUACUGGACAUUGGUUGUGGUUGGGGAACCCUUACUGCUUACGCUGCCAAGAACUUCGAUUGCGACGCGACCGGAGUCACUCUUGCCAAGAACCAGACCGAAUUUGGUAACAACAGGAUCCAAGAAAAUGGUAUCUCCUCCGAAAAAGCGCGUAUACUCUGCUGCGACUUCCGCGAAAUCGCAGAAAAGAAGCCUAGUGGAACCUACACAAAAAUUGUCUCUCUCGAAAUGGCCGAACACGUUGGUAUCCGGCGCUACCAGACUUUCCUGCGUCAGGUAUACAACCUCCUGGACGACGACGGUAUCUUUGUGUUCCAGGUUGCUGGUUUCCGUCAGUGCUGGCAAUACGAGGACCUUAAUUGGGGCUUGUUCAUGAACAAGUAUGUUUUCCCUGGGGCCGACGCUAGCUGUAGCUUAGGAUGGGUUGUAAGCCAGCUCCAAAACGCCAAUUUCGAAGUGAAGAAUAUCGAUGUCCUUGGAGUACACUACUCUGCCACGCUUCACCGCUGGUACGAAAACUGGCUGUCAAACCAUGAUGAAAUUGUCGCCAAGUACGGUGACAGAUGGUACAGGCUUUGGGCCUUCUUCCUUGCUUGGAGUGUUAUUACCAGCAGGCAAGGAAGUGCUUCGGUCUUUCAAAUAACUCUGCAUAAAAACCUCAACGCUUAUCACCGUAUCGAGGGAGUUAAAUCGCAUGCUUCCAUCCAUGUCAAGCUUGAAAAGGAGCCUGAGCUCAUUCUAUGA